AAUGGUCGUAAGCAGCAAGCUGAUUGGCUGCAGGGAGGCCCGGAGGGGGCUCAGAAUUUAAGGCCUUUUCUGGCAGAAGAGACCACCAGGCCGGCUAAUCCUCCCAGCUGAGACCGGUUGGUGCCAGAAUCUUGUCUAGAAGCUUCUAGCAUUUCUUCUGCCCCUCGCUCCCAGCACUUUGAGACCUGAGCUUUGAGACCAGACCUCCGCGGUUCUGCAAACGUGGGAGUUGUCUGUGAUCUUUGAUUUUUGACAGUGAGGCUCGGAAUGGCUUCCACGCGAAUCCGAGAGGCCAGGGAGAGCGAUUGUGGAGACAUUAUGAGGAUGAUCCGGGAACUGGCAGAGUUCGAGAAACUGUCCCAUCAGGUGAAGAUCAGUGAAGAAGCUCUGCGAGCAGAUGGCUUUGGAGAGAACCCUUUCUUUCACUGUUUGGUGGCAGAGAUUAUCCCAGCACCUGGGGAGUCACAAGGUAAGGAAGCCUGCAGUUAUCCUCCGUGUUUUUCCUCCCAAAAGCCUCACUCUUCUCUCUCAUUUUCAGGGUCCCUUGUGGUGGGCUAUGGGCUGUACUACUUCAUCUAUAGCACAUGGACCGGACGAAACGUUUAUCUGGAAGACAUCUAUGUGAUGCCGCAAUAUCGGGGUCAAGGGAUUGGUACCAAAAUAAUCAAAAAGGUGGCUGAGGUUGCCCUGAAUAAGGGUUGCUCCCAGUUCCGCCUGGCAGUUCUGGAUUGGAACAAGAAGGCCGUGAACUUGUACAAAUUUCUAGGGGCUCAAGAUCUGACUGAAUCGGAAGGCUGGCUCUCCUUUCGAUUUGAAGGCGAGGCAAUGAGGGAGUUGGCAGGACGCUGACUUACGCCCUCUCUCUCCUGCCUCUUCUUUGGGAUCACCAUAUCAAGUUUUCCUAAGACCAUAACCAUAGGCACUGACCCAGACAGACGCUCGCUCACCCAGAGGCCUCCCAGGGUGCAGACUCCUGAAGUACAGAAAGAGUGGAAGAGGGAGAAGCCUUAUUAGGAACCACAAAUAAAAUACUUGCUUUGCCCUCAUGGGUAGAGGAUGUGAUGCUGCAGCCAUUUUGAAGCCCUUCUAUUUGAACAUUGUUCUGAUGAGGGCUGGGACAGCCAAAGAGGCAGGGGUCAUGGAGGCCUCAAGGACUCUGGGCACCCUAGUCUUGCCUCUAGCCUGUUAGAAAAAAAAAAAAAAAAAAAAAAAGAACAAGAGG